GUCGAGGAUACGCGCUCGAUGAUAGGCCUGCCAUGAAGAGCGCGGGAAAGGCACCAGCACAGACAUGACCGGACACCUUAGGGAUGCUGUCAUGAGUGGGACAGCCCCAGAUCUCACCCGUCCAUUCUCCGAUCCUCACCUUCUCACGCUGAAUCGUGCGGUGCUCGCGAUAUGUCCGGUGGAAGAAGUGAGCGCACAGACAAUGCGGUGGUCAUAUGUCCCUCGGACUGGUCUGGAUUCAUGGCGAUUUCCUUGGGCCGUCCUACUUUUCGCCGGACCAAUCGAGCUCAACCAGUCUCUCUAUUCCGUCGCUCCCGAUCAUCCAUGCCGCUUUCUUGAUAUCGUCGCCAUCAGCAGCACCUGUGUGCUGGCGCUUUGGAUAGUCUUGGGAGGAUCCCACAGCGUGUCGGGGGAUCCGAGCACCAGUGCAAAUAGCAUCUCUCUGUUCAGAACAGGUUUCCGCAGUCCUUCCUUCCUUCGCCUUCCCCGCGCUCCUCUCGCCAGCGCUCGCAGGCAUGCUCUUGUGAAUAUCCGCGAUCUGAAGGAAUGGAUCAGCCACAUCACACCCAUCGAAUCAUCGGUAGGCGCUGGGCGCAGCUGCCGAGUUGUGCUGGUCUAUCUACGGCUCGUCAGUGUAUCGCAGUACAUGCGAGCCCAGUCCACGGCGGGAUGGACAAUCGACCGCAGCCUCCAUGCGGGUCUCCAUUCGUUUGAAGAUGAGGACUAGCAGGGCGGAAGACGCAGCGCGACGGUGUGUCAGACCUUGAAGUCUGCAGCUUCAAGCGGACGUUGGCGAACCGAGGUUUCAUGAUGUAACCCGCGACCAAUCUGGUAUAGCUGAGGUUACGGCGAGGGACUCUGCCUACUCGAGAGACGC